UUAAUAAAUAAAAUUGCUGUGUAAAAUGAGCAAAAGAUCAAGAGAAGAUAAAAGAGACAAAGAGAGACACAGACAGCACAAGAGAGACAGAUCACGAUCACCUCUUAAUGUGAAGAAAACCACAUCAACUGAUCAAACUAAUAAAGAAAAACAGGCAAAAGUUGACAAUGAUGAAUACAAAAACAUGACACCAGCCGAAAGGCUCAAAGCUAAAGUAAAGGUACUCCUGGACAAGACCACGCCCUCUGGAGCCACGCCCCCACCAAAUCCGGUACAAGUACUUGAGCUGGAAACAGAGAAUGAGUUUAAACCACAGAGCUUCACGUCAAAAAGAAAAGACAAGAAUAUUCAAGAAGAUAAAGUUUCCGAAGGUACUUCUAUUGGUCGACACGACGAUGCAAUGUUUGGUGCAACUAAACGAGACGACGAGGGGAUGGAAAUAAUUUCACAUGUACCGUCUCUAAUUACAAAAACAAUCGAAUUACCGGUUCUCAGUGAUGCUGAGGUCAGCAGAUUAUCGGAAGAGAGAGCUUUAAAAUGGAAAGAAAAAUUAAAACUUUUACGAGAAAAAUAUAUACAUAACUAAAUAUUAAGCAACAAGAACA